CCACUAGGUGGCGAUAGAGGUUAAACUCACACGAAAAGAGCGACCACUGAGUCAACAUGGCUGCGUCCCUGUUUCGCUUUGUCCGUGGAGGUCUUGGACGCAAUUACAACAUUGCAAGGUCUUCAUGUCUGCUGCAGCAGAGUAGAUUGCAGAGUUCCACUGCUGAGACAAAACCCACUGUGCGGCCUAAGGAUGCAGUCACUCAUAACCAGCUGACAGCGUUUGGGGAGUACGUGGCUGAGAUGAUGCCCAAAUACGUUCAGCAGGUUCAGGUGACGUCUUUUAAUGAGCUGGAGGUGAUGAUCCAUCCUGAUGGCGUGAUCCCUGUGCUGACAUUCCUGAAGGACCACACCAACGCUCAGUUCAGAAACAUGAUCGACCUAACAGCUGUCGACAUUCCUACAAGGCAGAACCGCUUUGAGAUUGUGUACAAUUUUCUGUCACUACGCUACAACUCUCGUAUUCGAGUUAAAACAUAUACGGAUGAACUCACGCCAGUGGAUUCUACUGUUCCAGUCUUCUUAGCUUCCAACUGGUAUGAGCGGGAGGUUUGGGACAUGUAUGGUGUAUUUUUUGCCAACCACCCUGACCUGCGACGCAUUCUGACCGACUACGGCUUUGAGGGGCAUCCUUUCAGGAAAGACUUCCCUCUAUCAGGAUAUGUUGAGGUGCGCUACGACGACGAACUGAAGCGUGUAGUAGCGGAGCCGGUGGAGCUCUCACAGGAGUUUAGAAAGUUUGACCUGAACACACCAUGGGAGGUGUUUCCCGCUCAUCGAGAGGCCAAGGAGGCUCCGCCCACACUGGAAGCUGGAGCUGAGGCUCCUGAGAAGAAGUGAUGAACCCACCACCCCCUUUAGUGUAUACAAAAAAACAAGAGUUUCUGACUCUUGUCAAAGCAACAGAAAUAUUUAUGUAAAUAAAAGUGCUGAUACAAAAGAA